AUGGCGUUCUCCGUCAAAACAGACGUUGUCAUUCGCGCAAAAAGGACGUGUUUGGGCCUUGUCGAAGACUUCAAUGGCUUGGACGACGCCGUCGGACCUGACACUCGUGCGAAAGAUGUCCCUGAGCAGACCGUGCUCCCAGCCUUCGACGACACGAAUACGCACAUGAUAUUUGCCGGUCUCAGCCAGUUUGAUGUGCCUGUCCAUCUGGCGACAAGUAUCGAUGAAAUGACGUGGUGGCCACAACAUUGUGGUCAACUCGCUCGCCCUCAAGCUGGGGCCAUCAACGCCGACACUCCGACACCAGCAGAUGGCAAGAUCGGGCGGUCUACCAAUAGUCGCCUGAAUGGUCAUCUUCAGGACCAGGCCAUGGUGCCGACCCUCUGCCUCAUGCCGCCGGCUACCUUGGAAGACCGCAUCAGCGGCCUUGAGAGCACCUCGGCUGCGUAUGCAGCGUCCGGCAUCGGCUGCGUCCGCGACUGUGCCGUGCCCGUCACUGAUCUUCCUAUCCUAUCGGCUGCACGCGCUGCGGGGAAAUUGCACGUCCGGACUCGCGCACUGGUCUCCGCAAUUGGCCUGACCUCUGUCGGCGCUGUUGCAGGACUCGUAGACCAGAUGGAAGAGUAUCGCCACCUGCAGCGCGACGAAUGGCUAUCUGUCUGGGGAGUCAAGUUCGUAUUGGAUGGUGGCAUCGAGGCAAUCGCCACCAUGGAAGGAUACGUUGGCCGGCCGGACGAAGGAUGCUGCGUAGCCACUGACUUUUGCGGUGUCCUUGUGGGAUACCGACAAGAUACUCGAGGCCAUGGACGUUGUGGCUGGAGGAUUGGUACCGAUGCCUAUGGUGACCGUGCCAUUGAAACCCUCUUGGGGGUCUACGAGAAAAUCCAGCAGAGACACCCUCAUCUGGCGCCCGGGAGCCUUGUCAUGGAGCACGGCGGCCUUGCCGACGCCGGGACCCAAGCCCGAGCUGUUGCCAUGGGCAUUCCCGUGACCAUCCAGCUGCCCCUACUCCAUGACGUCGCCGCAAUCCAAGCCCUAUACAUUGGCGAAGAGCGUACUGCCCGCCUUUUUCCGGCACGCAGCUGGCUGGAUGCCGGUGCCAUUGUCGGCGGCGGCUCUGAUUAUCCGAUUGGCAAAUUCGGCGCCAUGCGGUCUGUUUGGGUCAUGACGACGCGCGAAUCGGUGGCAGGCGUGGUCGGUCCCGAGCAUAUUAUCAAGUCACACGAGGCCGUGGCUUUGCACACUACCGAGGCCGCUAGGCUUCUCCGCGAGACAGACAGCCGAGGAGACCUCACUCCUGGAAAGGUCGCCGACAUCACCAUCUGGCCGCGGGAUCCGCUUGCAGUAAGCGAUCCCUACGACCUUCGGGACCUCGAACCUACGUACACCAUUAUCGGUGGAGAGCUGAAGCACGAGCCUAAGACAACGUAG